GAGACCGGUGUCAGAGUAAACAGACCGAAUUUAUUUCCAAAAGUUAAAAAUAUUGGAACAUAUCCACCAGGCACAGAUUUUAAAGCCAAUGAAGGAACAACUCCAUCAGGCACCGAUAUAAAAGACAAUGAAAAUGGAUAUGACAUCUAUACCACAGUAAUAAAUGCCAAUCGCAAAUGUAAGAGGCUUAUAUACCAGGGCGACAUAGCUUUCAAGGUUGGACGCAACGCUUAUAGCUGCACAGACUGCUUGUGGCCCAAAUCCAGCAGCGGAAUUGUCAACGUGCCAUAUGUUCUAUCAUCUGAUUACAGUGACAGUGACAUAUCUAUAAUCACUGCAGCUAUGCAAGAAUUUAUGACUCUGACAUGUGUGAACUUUGUUUCUCGUUCGGUAGAAACAGACUAUCUGGAUAUUAAGCCUAAUGAUGGUUGCUGGUCCUUCAUUGGAAUGACUCAUGGAGUUCAGACCGUAUCUCUGAGUCAGGGUGGCUGCAUUAGACAUGGAACUGUCCAGCACGAGUUGAACCACGCUUUGGGAUUUCUUCAUGAGCAGUGCAGAAGUGACAGAGAUGACUAUGUCACUAUCAUGACACAAUAUAUAUCACCAGAUAAAAUGGGUAACUUUAAUAAGGAGAACACAAAUAACCUUGGUAUUGAAUAUGACUACUCAUCAGUAAUGCAUUAUUCAAGGUACGCAUUUAGUAACACACCAGGCCAAGCUACUAUAGUGCCAAAACCUGAUCCAAACGUCCCCAUAGGUCAAUCAUAUGGGUUGAGUAGUUUGGAUGUUUCUAAAAUUAACCGUCUCUAUGAGUGUGAUAUAUGUAGCAGUUUGCUUGUUGAUUCCAGUGGAACAUUCACCUCAGCAAACUAUCCAUCUGCAUAUCUAAAUAAUGCCAACUGCUUAUGGCUGAUCCGUGCCCCAGAAAAUAAGGUUUUCCUGACAUUUGAAACAUUUAAUGUCCAGUCCUCAAAAAACUGUGCAUCUGACUAUGUAACUGUAUAUGAUGGAGCCAGCAAAACAUCUAAAGUUCUCCUUAAUAGAAUUUGUGGUUCUGGAAUAUCGACCCCAAUUGUAGCAUCCAGUAAUACAAUGCUUGUGGAAUUCGUUAGUGAUGGAACCAUUACAGCAACUGGAUUUAAAGCUUCAUACAGUACAUUUUAUUGUGGUGAUUCAUUAACUACUUCACCUGGGAUUAUAACAUCACCAGGAUACCCUAAUCUAUACCCAUCUUCUGUUGACUGUAUGUGGCUUAUUACUGGUCCCCCGAAAGCCAUGAUUUUAAUAAAAUUUGAUGUCUUUAACUUGGAGACAAAUGAUUACUGCAUUUACGACUAUGUUCGUAUCUAUGAUGGAAAAACAACAUCAUCCCCAAAACUCGGCACAUUCUGUGGCAAGAAUUCUUUCAACACGGUAUCAUUUGGUAACUCUAUGCUGGUAACCUUCCACAGUGACAAUUUAAAUCAAUAUACCGGAUUUCAUGCUACAUAUAAAUUCAUUCAAAUGAAUAAAUAAAUGGAUUCAGCUUCCUUCAGAUGAAAGACAUCAUCACAUGAAAGAUCUAGUAUGGCUUCUGUUAAAGUUUGUUCACUCUGAAAAUACAGGAUUCAAGCUCAUAUUUCCACAAUAAAAUCUUACAUGGAACCGUUUCAAAUACCAUCAUUGUUGUGAUCAGCGGUUUGCUUAGUUAUGACCUUAAAAUUGUAGCAGUGAUCAUAUGUACUGAAAUAAUUAUUAAAUGGCCUAAUAAUAUGUAAAUAUGCUGUAUAUUAAACAUAUGGUUGCUUUACACUUGUUUUUUAUUUUAUAACUAUUAGAGAAUCAAAAAAGAUGGACAAAAUGUUCCACAUUCAAUACGAUAUUAAGCUUUUUUUUAGCUUUUUGUAUUGUAAUUUUUUAUUAUCAAACAUGUAUUUAAGUUGAUUUUACUUAAAGGAACAGUCCACUCCAACAUUUUUAUUGUUUAAAAAGAUAGAUAAUCCCUUCAUCACCCAUUCCUCAGUUUUGCACAGCCAACAGUUAUAUUAAUGCACGUUUAACCUCUGUGAUUACCUUGUAUCUAAGCCUCUGCAGAUUGCCCCUGAUCACAUGACUUUCUAUUUAUUAUCUAUUGACUUGAAUUUUAGCCAAUUAGUUCAGUGUCAUACACAACUCUACGGGUGAGCACAUUGUUAUCUAUAUGGCCCACAUGAACUAGCAGUCUCCUGUUUCAGAUUUACAUUACAGUAAAAGAGGAAACAAUAUAUAAUGAAAGCAUAUUGCAUAGUUUUCUUUACUUUGUAUAAAUAAACAUUUUGUAUUCCAAUCUAAAAUUGUAUAAUGUCAAUUUAACAGCUGAUUUAUGCUAUGAGUUAAUGUCCCUUUUAAAGUAACAAAUUAUCUGAAACGUAAUUAUUUUGUGUAAUGUAUUAUUUUGUUUAAAUUUGUAAAUAAGAGUGAUUAAUAAAGUGCUGUGGAAUUUU